AUGGCAUUAUCCAAAGAUACGAUGUCGAAAUGCUCAGAACACUUGAGUGCUUACAAAUCCGCUUGUGAAGACGACCCAGACCUCAAAUCAUUUGAUUCUGCGCUUCAGCAGCGAACCAUCAAAGUGAUAGACUCGCUCACCGCUGGAGCCGAGACUGGGUUGUCGUCCCAACACGAAGUACACAAGGAGGUCUCCCAGCACCUACUUGAAGUUAGCCAAGAUGUGGCAAAGUUCAUUCUUGAAAGCAAAGACAAUGUGUGGGAGAGCGAAGCUCUAAAAUCUUUGGUCAUAGCCUAUUUUGAAAAUACCGUGAAGACUUUAAAGAUUUUCAAUACUAUAGAGAGUUGCGUCGAGGACGCAGAGAUGGGCCAACUUCUCAUUCGAGAUGCCGUGGCAGAGUUUCAGAAAGAGUCGGCAGAAGCGAAUGUUGGUGGAACAAAGAAAAAGUAUGAAAAAACCUUGAAGGUUCUGAAGAAGUUUAAAGCCAUGGGAGAUCCCUUUGAUGGCACAGUGCUCAAGACUCAGUUGGAGUUGAUCAAAAAGCAGCAGGAAUCCCUUCUGGAAGAAGUUUGUGAGGCUAUUAAAAAGCUUCAAAUGGAAAUUACUAAUCUGGGGAAAGAAAGUUCAAUUGCGAAUGUGUUUUUUGGGGCUGUGUUUGCCGUUGUUGCCGCCGCAUCGAUAGCUCUAAUGGCAACAGGCUUUGGCGGCUUUGGGGCUAUAUCGUCAACACUGAUUGUGGCGGGAUGGGCUGGCGUCGACACUGCCUUGCGUAGAAAGAAUGAUGCUCUGAAGAAACAGUUGGAAGGUCUGGAGACGGGUAUAAAAAUCAACCAAGAAGCGAUGGAGACCGUAUCUAUUCUAGUCGAUGGUCUAGAAGACCGUAUCCAAAAUAUGUUGAAACUUGUAGAUAAUGCUAUUGAGAAUGAAGACGAUGAGGCGGACACAAGACUUGUCCUCAAAGUCAUCAGUGAUAAAGUAGAGAUAUUAAUAGAGAAAACUAAGGACGUUGGUGAAAGUGUGAAAAAUCAUAGCAAACUGAUCGCAGAGGCCAGACUUCAUGUUCUGCAAAAAAUCAACAGUUCUGGAUGA